AUGAAAAUACUACAACCUUACAUAAUAGCAUGUAUUGUAAAAAAUUUAGUCUUCACAGAGGACACAUUUAAAAAGUUUAUACAAUUACAAACAAAAUUACAUGAUGGAAAAUGUGGAAAAAGAAAUAUUGCUACAAUAGCCACUCAUGAUUUAAAUGCAAUUGUACCAGGUGAUUUAACGUACACAGCAAAGCCACCUUUGGAAUUAGAAAUUAAACCAUUAAUGAGAAAUAAAACUUACACUGGAACAGAAUUAUUUCAGCAAUUACAAAAAGAGGCUGAUAAUUUGCGUAAAGCACUUUUUCCGUGUCUUGUAGACAAUCAAGAACAAGUUAUAUCUUUUCCACCAAUUACUAAUAGUGAUUUAACAAAGAUGUCACCAACUACAAAAGAUAUGUUAAUAGAAGUAACAAGUGCUAUAUCAUAUCAAGCUUGCAGAAAUGUACUGGAUCAACUUUUAAAAGAAUUAGUUACCACAGGCAUUGGUUGUGCACCUUCAGAUAAUGAAAAUAAUUUAUACUAUAGUUUACAAAUAGAGCAAGUUAAAGUAGUUGACAUAGAAGAUAGUGACCAACUAGCGACACUGGCGCUACUCUAUAGCAAUUUAUCUUGUCACGGAUAUUUCAAUCAUAGUGAAAAAAUAUCCUCCAUGCUAAAGGAUUUCCCAUUUCGUAUGACAUUUAGUGAAUAUAUCUAA